UAUAAAGUAGACGUUGUAGGUUAGAAACUUAGAAGAUGUUGAAAGCAGAACAAUAUUUCACCUCACCAAGCAACGUCCCUUAAUUUUUUUCUUUCUUUCGUUUUUUUUUUGGUUUCUUUUUGUCACAUAUAUAUAUAUAUUAGGUAUUAUAAUUUAUAAUUAUAAGAAACUAGCUAGGGCGUUUUGAUUGAUUUUUUAAUUAUGUUAUUAUUGUUAGCCAAAACGUUGCAUCAGUCGCAGGUGUAAGGUCUGUCCAAACCCUUUCCACUCAAUCUCUAACGGAAAACACUUUCCCAUCUUCUCUUUCUUUCUCUCUCUUAAAUAUUAUUCCAAACAACCAAACCCCUUCUUUUAUUUAUUUUAUCUUCUUUCUUUUUUCUUGGUGUAUAUAUAUAAUACUGCUUGAGGAUUCACAUAUAUCUCCCCCUGGCCUCUUAUUAAUUCCUCAUCAUAUAUAUCUUAUUUUGGUUCAAUUCGAUCUAACAUUAAUUAGAUCUCUUGUCUUUCUGUGUGCAAUUAUUGUAGCUAAAUAUUAUUAAUUGAGCUACAUAUAUUGGUCUUUUUUUUUGUAAUUUAUGUGUAUAAAUCAAGAUUGAAGAGGCCGCAUACAAGAGGAAUAUUAAUCAUUUAAGCCAUAUAAUAUAUAUACUAGCUUUGAAGAGAGCAAGAGUUAGCACUUAAUUUAGAUUAACAUCGAUUAAUCAUCAUCAUCAUCAUCAUGUGUACAAGAGGCCAUUGGAGGCCAGCGGAAGAUGAGAAACUUAGAGAGUUGGUGGAAAGAUAUGGCCCUCAUAACUGGAACGCCAUAGCCGAAAAGCUUCAAGGAAGAUCAGGUAAAAGUUGUAGAUUGAGAUGGUUCAAUCAGCUAGAUCCAAGAAUUAACAGAAGUCCAUUCACGGAAGAGGAAGAAGAGAGGCUUCUUGCUUCUCACAGAAUUCACGGCAACAGAUGGGCCGUUAUUGCAAGGCUCUUCCCCGGUCGAACUGACAAUGCUGUAAAGAACCACUGGCAUGUCAUCAUGGCCCGGCGCUGCAGGGAACGCUCAAGGCUCUACGCCAACCCUAACACCAGACAACCCCACCCCCAACCCCAUCAUCAUCAUCUUAUUCUUAAGCAAGAUCAUAAUAAUAAUAAUCAUAAUAAGAUCAUGCUCAUGACUACUAAUAAUACUACCACUACUGCUGCUGCUGAUCAUAUAAACCUUGUCUCAUCUUUUGUUGACAAUUACACUACUCUUGCUAAUAAUAAUAAUAAGCGCCAAGACUACUACUACCCUUUAACUCCUCCUCCUCCUCAUCGUCAUCGAGAUUAUUAUUCCAGUCCUUGUAUCACAUUAAUGCAACAUCAAGAAAAAAUACACGAUGAGGCCGGGAUUGAGUUUUAUGAUUUUCUUCGAGUUAAUGCGGAUCAGUCGAACGGGAGCGAAGUAAUCGAUGCCAAUAAUAAUAAUAAUAAUAAUAAUAAUAAUAAUAAUAAUAAUAAUAAUGGAACAAGUACAAGAUUAAGAAAAAAUGAGGAUGAGGAUGAGGAGGAGGAGGUGGAUCAGAAAGCUGCAGCAUUAGUAAUGGGAUCAUCAUCAUCAUCACAAGAUUAUGGCAGUACUACUACUACUGCUACUCCUUCAUUCAUAGACUUCUUCUCAGUUGGAGCUGCUGGUUCUUAAUUAAUUAAUAAUUCUACCUCACUAUUACCUUCAUUAUUAUAUAUAUAUUUAUAUAUUUCUCUGCUGAUCGAGCUGGAUAGGCCACCACUCAAAUUUCAAUGUAAAAAAACAAAACACACAUGAUCGUCAUAUUCAUAUUAUACACCUUAAUUAGGCUAACUAUCAUGAUGUUGAAGAAAAAGCAUCUUCAAUGCUGGUUAUAUAUAUUAACACAUCUCUACAAACCAAAUCCUCAUGACGAACAGUUCCCAAUGUAUAAUAUAUAUUAUAUAUAUUUUUUUAAUUAAUUGAUCAAGGCAUCCACAUAUGUUUAUACAA